CCCGCCUCUGCUCCUGCCGCGUGGGUGCCAUGGCAACGGAGGGAGCCUGAGACCUGGGUUCCGGAAGCCGGAGAGCUGCAGCUCUGAAGCUAUUCUGGUCAAAGGAUGCUGAGUCCGGAGCGCCUAGCCCUGCCGGACUACGAGUAUCUGGCCCAGCGACAUGUCCUCACAUACAUGGAAGAUGCGGUAUGCCAGCUGCUAGAGAACAAGGAAGAUAUUAGCCAAUAUGGCAUUGCCAGGUUCUUCACUGAAUAUUUCAACAGUGUAUGUCAGGGAACUCACAUUCUCUUUCGGGAAUUCAGCUUCAUCCAAGCCACCCCUCACAAUAGGGCAUCAUUCUUACGGGCCUUUUGGAGAUGCUUCCGAACUGUGGGCAAAAAUGGUGAUCUGCUGACCAUGAAGGAAUAUCACUGCUUGCUGCAAUUGCUGUGCCCGGAUUUCCCGCUGGAGCUCACCCAGAAAGCGGCCAGGAUUGUGCUCAUGGAUGAUGCCAUGGACUGCUUGAUGUCUUUUUCAGAUUUCCUUCUUGCCUUCCAGAUCCAGUUUUACUACUCAGAAUUCCUGGAGAGCGUGGCUGCCAUCUACCAGGACCUGCUGUCAGGCAAGAACCCCAAUACGGUGAUUGUGCCCACGUCAUCCAGCGGGCAGCACCGCCAGCGGCCUGCCUUGGGCGAGGCCAGCACGUUGGAGGGUGUGGAGGCGUCGCUGUUCUGCCAGUGCCUGGAAAACUUGUGUGACCGGCACAAGUACAGCUGCCCACCCCCAGCACUUGUCAAAGAGGUCCUAAGCAACGUUCAGAGACUGACCUUCUAUGGAUUCCUCGUGGCUCUCUCAAAGCAUCAUGGGAUUAACCAAGCCCUAGGAGCUUUGCCUGACAAAGGGGACCUGAUGCACGACCCAGCUAUGGAUGCGGAGCUGGAACGCCUGCUGGCGCAGAUCCCAGGCCUGGUCAACCCGGUCACUGCCGGUCCAGAGGCCAGCUGCCUGCCUUCCCGGCCCCCUCCCCGGGUUGGCUCCCCCUGGAGACCCCUCCAUCAUGCCCGCAAGGUGGAUGCAGAGAGCGAUGGCUCCACUGAAGAGACAGAUGAGUCUGAGACUUGAGGAAUCUGAAGGGUCUUGUCUCCCAAGCCCAGCACCCUGCUCCCCCAACAGCCCUUGGAACGCCCGCAGCCUUCUCUCCUAGCCCUGUACCAUGCUGCCCUCUGCUGGUCAAAGGCUAAGUAAUGGCCCCAGCCCAGGGACCGGCCAGAGGGGUUCUGAUCAUCAGCCAGGCUGAGCAGUGACCCUAAGUUAACAGGCUCCUCUCCCUGGCCCUGUCAGCCUUUCAUCAGGCCACAUGCUGACAGAAGAUUGAGCUGAGGCCAAUGGAAUGGUGACUUGGCCUUAGCCUUUUGAUGGUCAUCCCUGUGUAAGGGUCAUCUCCUCAGAGCAACUCCAAGGAGACCAUGCAGGACCUUGCAUGGUCAAGGGUGGCACCCAGUGAUGCAGAUAUUAGGAGGACACAGCAGUGGUGGCCUUCUUUUCUGCUGGAAUAAUAGCCACCAGCCGUAAGAUGGAGAAGGGUGGGCAAGACAAUUGCAAAAACUGUUUUCAGUUCGCCUCUGUGUCUAAUAGUUCAAUGUGUGAAAUGAAUAAAGUCCCUUGUGUCUGGUAA